CAGAUAAGCAAGCAGUUCAAUCGACAUUAGCAAAUCGCGAAUCGUAGCAGGGUGAUUAUUGUAACGAAUCGUGAUAGCAGUGGCUGGGUAGAAUUGCGUAUGAUCGGCGUGACACAACGACGACGACGGUGAAAUAAGAAUCUUUUCUACGAGCGAAAUCUUCUAAAGAGUGUUUGUCAGUGGUUAAUAGAUGUAUGAGAAGGAAAAGAGAAGUAGUAAUAUCGUGGACAAGGAUAGUGGCAGAAUAUCGAAGUAGCGCCGAAGGAGGUGAGGAGGAGGAGGAGGAGGAGGAGAAAGAGCUUACAUAGUAGCGUAACGUGCGAGGGUGAAAGAGACAGAGAGAAAACGGGUUGCGAUGCGAUGAUCGUUCGACUUCGAUUAAAAAGAACCGAGGGAAAGAAAGAGAGAACGAGAAAAGAGUGACGAUAAGUCGGGUUCUUAGCUAAGAAGCAGCACACGGUUGUAAAAUGGCGGCGGGACCGGCUGUGUGGCGACUGGUAAGGAUUUGGUCGCUGAGCGUUGACUUCGUUUAAUCUAACUAGGUCGAAAAUAGAGUGAUCGAGAAGGAUUGUCAUGAUAGAAGAUUAGAUCCGUUAGGUAGAGAAGAAGUGGAACGGAAGGAGCGUAGGCUUGCAUGAUUUUCGAAGUAAUUCCGCGCCGCUGAUGAAAGAUGCCGCAUCCGUGCCGGUAGUGAAUAAUUGGUGGUGGCGCAAGCCGCAUGCGAAAAUCGCAAUGUGAUCCGUUUGCAUCGCGAGACGAAAAGAGAAAUAGACAAUUAGCUUGAAGGGAAGUAAAAGGGUGCGGAGCAAAGAAAUAGACAUUUUUUGUGGUUUUUCUUUUCAGUCCAAGUCGUGGAAUUACUGUACAUUAUCAACGGUAUUGGAAGAACAGGAGAAGGAGUCGAGAGGUGAGAGGAGAAGGGGGAGGCAAAAGUAGGAACGUUUGACAAUAGAAAGAUGACAAGGUCGUCGCAUUUUUCGACGUCGAUGUCGAGCCGUGGUUGUUAUUGCUGCUGCUGCCGCUGCUGCUACCGUUGCCGCUGCUGUCGUCGUCGCCGCCGGUGUAGUUUAACAGGAACCGCGAAUGUAAUCGUAAGAAAAGUUGCGGAAAGCAUUGCCAUUAAACAGCUCGGUGCUCGUUACGAUUGAGGAUUUCACUACUUCUCUUUUCCUCGAAAUCGUUUUUUUCACCGUUGGAGGUGGAGAAAAAGGAAAAGGAGGAAGAGGAGGAAGAAGUGGAGACAACGGUGGAGGGGGACGAGGAGGAAGAAGAAAAUGAGAGACGCGCGCGGAAGCUAUUCCGCGAGUGUUCUCGCACUAGCGGUUUUUUUCUUACUUUACGUGUCAUAUUCUGUGGACGGAUUAAAAUGUUACUGCGAUAUUUGCACGGAUAACAAUCACACGUGUGAAACCGAUGGCUAUUGUUUUGCCAGUACGAGCCUGGAGAAUGACGUUAUCACGUAUGCCAGGAGGUGCGUGAACAAACAGCUGUCGUCGUCGCAGCCCGAACCGCUCAUCUUCUGCAUGACGAGCGACUCGCGAAAUACGACCUUUGUCAUCGAAUGCUGCAAAGAGGAUUUUUGCAAUCGGGAUCUGAAACCUCAGCUACACCCUCGCACCAAAGAAGGUGUUACAAUAAGACGUACUUCUUCCCGGCGCCCAAAUACUCUGUCUGGUGUACAACGAAUGGCACCCUGAAUGGUUUUGCCGACAUCAAGUUCGUCGUUGCUUGCUGCGACCACUCCGACUUCUGCAAUCGCGAGCUAUGGCCCUCUUUUCCUCCUCACGAACUCGAGCCUCGACAAGGUUCUCGAAACGACAACGACCUCGGAGGAGUGUCGUUGAACGGGGAUGAUACGUCGUGGGUCACUUGGAAAACGGCCUUAACGAUAGCAGUGCCUAUAGGCUUGAUCGUUCUUACCGUCAUGAUCAUUUAUCACGUACAAGUGUCUAAGAGAAGUUCAGCGAGACAUUUCCCAGAUGAUUCGAUGGAGGCACCGGACCGGCCAAUCCUCGGAGGUGUCACCAUUAGGGAUAUGUUGGAAAUGACGACUAGUGGCAGUGGUUCGGUAGGUCUGCCACUUCUGGUACAGCGGAGUAUAGCGCGCCAGAUUCAGCUCGUUGAGACGAUCGGAAAGGGUCGUUUUGGUGAGGUCUGGCGUGGUCGUUGGAGGGGUGAGAACGUUGCCGUUAAAAUCUUUAGCUCGCGAGAAGAAAGAUCUUGGUUUCGAGAAGCAGAAAUUUAUCAGACGGUGAUGUUGAGGCAUGACAAUAUCCUUGGCUUCAUCGCUGCCGAUAAUAAAGACAACGGUACGUGGACGCAAUUGUGGUUGAUCACAGAUUAUCACGAGAAAGGCUCGCUUUUCGAUUACCUAAAUAGAUCGACUGUAGAUACGAAUGGUAUGAUUAGAAUGGCCUUGUCGAUCGCCACUGGUCUGGCGCAUCUUCACAUGGAAAUUGUUGGUACCCAAGGUAAACCAGCUAUCGCUCAUAGAGAUCUCAAAUCGAAGAACAUUCUCGUUAAGACGAAUGGUACAUGCGCGAUUGGCGAUCUUGGAUUAGCUGUUAGACAUGACGUAAUCACAGAUACCGUUGAUAUACAAUUAAAUAACAGGGUUGGAACUAAACGUUACAUGGCACCUGAGGUCUUGGAAGAGACGAUAAAUAUGAAUCACUUUGAUUCGUUCAAAAGAGCAGACGUCUAUGCCCUCGGUUUGAUCCUUUGGGAAAUUGCAAGACGUUGUAACGUUGGUGGAAUUCACGACGAUUAUCAGCUGCCCUUUUAUGAUUUGGUGCCUUCCGACCCUACGAUUGAGGAAAUGCGUAAGGUUGUCUGUACGGACAGACAGAGGCCCUCCAUACCAAAUCGAUGGCAGUCGAUCGAGGCUCUACAAGUGAUGUCAAAAGUAAUGAAAGAAUGUUGGUACCAAAAUGCCGCGGCAAGACUAACUGCGCUCAGAAUUAAAAAGUCUUUGGCCAACUAUGGCGCUAUGGAGGAUCUGAAAUAGAGUGUUAAGAAGAUCAGGAGGGACCAUUCCAAAAGUGUCAGUGUUGUAAUGCUUCGCAAAUAAUAGGAAAAUGCGAUCGUAAGUUAAAUGCAAAAUUGUAUUCCAGAAGAGUAUAGAGAAUGGAUUUUUUAAGCCGAAAAUAUAUAUAAAUCAUUUUAUUUAUGGCUUUCAUCUUUCUUUUUUUUUUUGUUUUUUGGAAAGCAUGCCAAAUUCAAUCGAGAAGUAAUGAUUUUUGUUUACGAUUAGUUACAUACUUUUCAAACAAAUUGGGGAACAUUUCUUAAUUCGAGAACUUCGUGGUUCUUUAUUAUUAUUAACCCUUUGCACUCGAGGGCUCCGGAGCGGAGUCAUUUAAAAUUUGUCUUCAAACUCGAGGACUCCGCUACGGAGACAAUGCAAAUAAUUUUCAGUUUUUAGCCCUUUGCAGUCGAGACGUGACUCUCGCUCACCACAUGAUUUAAUGCCGCAACUCGAGAGGUGACUCUUGCUCACCAUUUUGUAUGGUGCAGAAAUUCGAUGCGCGGUUAUAACUAUUUAUCACUUUUUACCAUUCCUAAACACUACGUAUAUAAUUUUACAAAGACCCUUUCAAAUUACGUAAGAUUUUCUUAUCUGAGAUUAGUGCAAUAUAAUUAAACGGACUGCAUUUUCCGCAUCAGUUCGAACUUGACAGCCUUGGCAGAAGGAAAAGAAAAAUUGAUGUUUCUGAUCCUCAAUACCAUAGAAAUUAUUAAUGAAAUAAGCUCCAGUGAAGAUGAGUUUGAUUUAGAGUUGUUAACCAGUUAAGUAUGUUUGACGACUAUAUCCGUCAUGGAAGAAUGGCAGAAUUUUGUGUAUAGAUAAUUUGAGUUGGAUUUCUAACUUCCUGAGAGCUAACUCGUAAGCACUGCAGUAACACUGGAUCUUUGAUUAUCCCGAUUUUCAUCUUGACGUGUCAUAACCCAAAAAACAAAGUAUAUUAGAUUCUUCAUCUGCGAUGAUGUCCGCGAUGUCUAACCAAAGAAAAA